GUAAAAUGUGUGCCACAGGAAACAACAGGAAAUCAAAGAAAUCCUCAAAGAACCCGAACUAUAUAGACAACCAGAAGGGAAUAUCUCAAUAAACAAACAAAUAAAAAAAGGAAAACCAGCGAGAGAAAUAAUCACAAACAACCAGAAAGAAAGAAAGCUUUAACUAAAAUAUUUUUAACUAUACAAUAUACAAUACAUAUAUAUAUAAAUUAAUUAUAGAAUUAGAAACUUAAGUGUUUAGUGCAUACAUUAAUUAAUUUUUAAACUAAACAACUGGGAAAAUCAAGCAAGUGUACAGACCAAAAAAAAGUGAGGGCAGCUUCUGAUUUUCGGUGAUAUGGUGUAAAUGUGAUAAACAACGUUCUAAAAACAACAAACUACCAAACGUUUUAAAACUCAAUUACCACAAUAACGAAGGAAACCUAAAAUAGUGUUUUAUUUUUCCUCCCUUCGCAAAGUUUUUUGCCACAAAAUCCAAUACAAUAACUAUUUAUCUACAAAUACUAAGCCUUGCAUCUUAUAAAUAAACUUAACUAAAAGUAAACUAUUCUAAGUCGCACAAAACCAAAGCAAAUUGAGUGAAAACAACAGCGUCAGAGAUUUUUCGGUUCAACCUAUUUUAUAAAAAAUAUUCUCUCAACUGCACUGCCGCAACUUUUCGACAAGUAUGAUUUUUCUGAAGGAAUAAAACCUAAAAAAUAUUCGUACAAAUAUAUUUAAAAAAGAAACUAUGCAAAAAUUCUUAUGAGCCGCAGACAACAAAAAAGGAAAUAAAAGACAAACUAACCAUAAACGAAAAUUUGUUCACAAAUUUUUGGAGCUACAUAAAACCGUGUAAAGAAAAUGCAAUAGUCUAACUCACGUAUUGAGUACACUUGACAUAAACUGUGAUUAUGAGUUCCACAAAAUCUCAAGUAGCCCUAGCUACGAAUAUUCCAACCAAUUUAUCCUCUGCCGCUUCUGCCUCAACAGCGGCCGCUGCGGCCGCCGUUGUUGUUGUUGCCAGUGCCAACGCCGCCGUUGCCUCAAACACUAACUCAUCCGAAGUGGGAUCAGGAUCAGGAUCGGGAUCGGGAUCGGUAUCUGGAUCUGCAUCUGGAUCUGGAUCUGGAGCAGCGGGAGCAGCAGCAGCCACAUCUUCCUCUUCCGUAAUAACAAUCUCAAGCAACUGCAGCAGCAGCAACCUCAACAACAACUGCGGCGAGGAGUAUCAGACGGUCGGAUCCGCUGGAUCUGCCAACUUGGGACGCCAGAACAGCUUCGGCAAUAGACGAGGCAACAUGAAGGGCAAACAUCUCACCCGCAGCCAUGCGAUGCGUGAAUCGACGUCGCCACCUCGCACGCCAACUCCCCGCGGCGCCUCCUCCGAUCAGCAGCUGCUCCAGGGGGAUUCCCACGAGCACAACAACAAUAACAACAACAACAACAGCAACAGCAACAAUAACAACAAUAUCAAUAUCAACAGCAACAGCAAAGCACAAUCAACUGGAAGGGGCAACUCGCCAUUGAUGGAAGCGCCAGCCGUGAUUGUCACUAGUCAGCAACCGCAACAGCAGCAGCAACAGCAGCAGCAGUAUGUGCCGCAGAAACCGCAGCAGAACGUGCCACUGAGCAACGAGGCGGAGUUCCCCAAGCUGUCGCCUCCGAAGAAGUCCGGCGGCCAGCACAAUCGCACCAACAGCAGCGGCAGCGGCAUGGAGUACAACAACAACAGCAACAACAACGCCAGCUCGAAGAAGUUCGUGGUGGACAUGAAGUCCAACGGGCUGGACAACAAGCAGCAGCAGCACAACAACUCCUCUUCGGCGGGCGUAAUCUACAACUCCGGGAUGAACUACAAGGCGGCGGAGCGCCACGAGCGGCACGAGCGCCACGAAAUGUCCAGCCAGAACAGCAAUCUGAGCAACAACCACGACGAGGAGCCGUACCAUUACGAGCCGCGUGGCGGAGGCGGCGGCGGCGGGGGCAAGAAACACCGCGCCAACACCAACGCCAAAGGUAACAAACCACGGUUGAAGAAUCUCGCUGGCAGCUCAUCCGGUAGCAUUGAUUUAGGCGGAGGCGGCGGCGGCGGCGGCGGUGGUAACGGAAACGGCGGCAACAACAACAUGUCCAACAACGGGCUAUCCAACAACUCGAGCAACAACACCUCGGGCUUCAUUUCGCGCGUCUUUCAUCAAUCAGAGAACUCGAGCGAGCAGUACACGGACUACGGCGGCACCGAUCUGCUGCUCUUCUUCCGGGACACACUCAACAAGAAUCCCAAGGACCGCAAUAUCCUCCUGAAGAUCGAGAAGGAUCUAAUGGAGUUCGUCCAGGAGAACAGUCGCGGUUGUGAGUAUCGCUUUCCGCCAGCUUCCUCGUACAAUCGCAUGCUGAUCCAUCGCACGGCGGCCUUCUUCGGCAUGGAGCACAAUGUGGACACCGAAACGCAGCAAUGUGUGAUUGUGGCCGUGGCCAAGAACACGCGCAUACCGGAGAUCCGCUUCCAGUCGCUGGUGCGCGACGAUGCACGCAAGUCAAUACUGAAGCGGGACACGCACAGCUUCGACGAGGUGCGUCAGUCGCCGUACCUGUGCCCCCUCUCCCUGGAUCGCAAGGCCAAGAGCUUCGAGGAGCGGGACGAGGACUACGAUCGGGCGCGCAGCCGCAUCUUCAGUCGGACGGGCCACAACCACGAUGGGUAUUCCGGCGGUGGCGACGAGGAGUGCUACGGCGGAUGGGAGCAGCAGCAGAAGCAGAACCAGCUGCCCAGGCCCAAGAGGCCCAACGGCAAGAUGCUCCAGAUGCAGAAUUCCACGGAAUCUCGCGAUGGCAUGCGAUCGGGCGGAGCUGUGCCCAAGUCGCACAACUUUGGCAACUACGGAGGUCCUCCAAGUUCCGGAGGUCCUGGCAACAAUUCCCUGCCGCGAGGCGACUCCACAAACUCGAUCAAAAGCGGACGUGGUGGCUUCGUGAAGCAGGACUCCACUGGCAGCACUCCCUGGCGGCUGUCUCCUUCCAGCAGUGGCUACAAGACGCGCACCCAAUCCGUGCGCUCCGAUUCCGUAACGCCAUCGCCAACGGGCUACGGCAGCGACAGGCAGACGCCGGAGUUCAGCCACCCGCCGCCGCCGCCCAUUUCCGCCCACAGCAGGGUGGCUCCGACCAUGUCCUUGGGUGGCGGUGGUUGUGCCGGCGGUGCAGGACCAGCAGGAGCCAGCGCAGCCUCGCCCCACGUGGCGGAAAUGGGACCAGAAGCCGCCGGGGCUGGUGGGUCAUCCUCAUCCUCGUCGGGAAUGUCGGGAACGUCGGGACUCGUCUGGGCCGUCACAGACAUUUCGAAUGUGCCAAUUGGCAGCCUCCUCAUUGAUCCGCAAACCCUCCAACCAAUUGUCAAUGCAGACGGUUCCAUCUACCACUACGACCCGUCCAACCUGCCGCCCAACCAGGCGCUCCAGCACACGGGCAACCAGUACCAGUCGCAGAACCAAGGCAACUCCUCCUCCGGCGGCUACGGCAACUACCGCAAGUCUUCGCCGCACCAGCAGCAGCAGCAGCACCAGCAACACCAGCAGCAGCAACACCAACAGCAGCAGCAGCAGUCGCAGGUGCAACAUCAGCAGCAAGUGCAGCAGCCGCAGCAGCAGCAACAACAGCAGCAGCAACACCAGCAGCCAGCCCAGCAACAUGCCACCACUGAGCUGUCGUGCAGCUCCACCGAGAGCUACGCGGAGGAGGAGGCCCAGUCGCCGGGAGCGGAGUGCUCCGAGGGCUACGAGAGCUACGAGCAGCAGCCGCUGGCCGCGCAGCAGCUGCACUUCGGCAACGGGGACGCGUCGAGCGUGAAGGGCGACGAUUGCGAUAGCCUGACCAGCGCCACCGCCUGCCUGAGCAUCACCACCUCCACGUCGACGAAGAACUACGACCGCAUCGAGGUGCAGAAGUACAAGAACCAGGCCACCAGUCCGAACAUACCCGCCUGCUGUGCCGCCGGUGAGAAGCUGGAGCUGGAGACCGCCGGCCACCAGGAGCAGGAGCCGGAGGAGCAGCUGGCCGGGCCAUCCUCGUCCGGAUCGGCCACCUCCUCCGUGGGCAUCACCGAACUGCCCUCCAGCCAGACGCCCCUGCCGCUGGCCACCCAGGUGAACUGCGACCUGCAGUCCGUGUCGCCCAGCUCCACGCCGUACAGCCAGUGCGAGGUGAAGACGCCCAGCCAGAGCCUGGGGCCCAGUGCCGCCGUCGAGGAGCCCAAGACCACCACCUGGACGUACACGCAGAGCUACCAGGCGCCGGACGGGUCCACCGUGUUCCACACCACCACCACGCCCAACGGGGCGGCGCCCUACUGCGCCACCACAUAUCAGCAGGGGCCCGAUGGCAGCAUCUACGCGGUGCCGCAGGGCAUGGUGUACGCCGCCUAUCCGCAGCCCGGAGUGCCCGGUGCCGGCGGCGCCUCGCAGCCGCUCUUCCAGCUGACCACCAGCAGCCAUCCGCCCGCCCAGACGCUGUUCGCCUCGCCGGAGGCCGGGGGCGAGCUCCCCGGCGGCACCUACAUGAUACCUGUCUUCGAUCCGGCCCAGCCGCCGCGCGAGGGCCUCAUCCCGGCGCAGGCCAUCUACCAGGCAGGUCCCGGCGGACCGGGCGCCGCCACCGUGAUGCCCAUGGCCUCCGCCUAUCCGACGGCCCAGUUCGCAGCGGCAGCGGCACCCAACGGCGGGCCCAUCUACCAGGCGCCGCUCAUCUACUCCAGCGAGCCGGGCGGCGGCGCCCAGCUGCAGCAGCUCCCGAUGGCCCCGUAUCCGAUCCAAUACUCUUACCCGUACUACCACCCCAUCUCGUACUACGUGCCUCAGCCGGCGGUGGCCGCCGCGCCCAUGGUGGCCAGCCAGCCGCCGGUGGGCCAGGUGACUCCGAUGCCGCAGCCAGCCCCGCACGCGGGAGCCGGAGCAGCCGCAGGUCCACCCACAGUGGUGUCAGUUUCUGGGCAGCAGCACCACCAGCCGCACCACCACCAUCAGCAGCAGCAGCACUCGAGCAACGGGUCCGGGGUGAGCUCCAGUGGCUACAGCACGCGGGUGAAGCGCACGCCCGGCGGCGGGUCCAUCCACUACAACCCCAGCUACACUCCGAGCUCGGUGUCGCAUGGCGGCGGAGGCAACCACCAUCCGUCGGCGGGCUCCGCCCAGAUCAUCGCUGCGCCGGCGGCCAGCACAACCACAUAUCACGCGCUGCCCACGCUGACGCUGGCCCACGGCGGAGCGCCAGCCGGCACGGAUCUCAGUGGUGCGGGCGGUGCCCAUGUGUACGCGCUGCCCGCCCAACACGCCACCGCGCUGAUCCCAACGAACAUCUUCCCCUACGCGGCGGCAGCGGCGGCGGCAGCAGCGGCCGGCGCUCCCGGAGGCGGUCCUGCGGCGGCUCCUCCGCAGAUGGUGCCCCAGGCGGCGCCUCCGCCACCGCCGCAGAGUGCUCCGCACGCCCACACGCUCAUCACGGCGGCUCCCUUUUACCCGGCCAGCGCGGGAACCAUGGACCCGGGGUCGUCGCAGUCGGCUCCCACCACUCCGGCCAAUCCGGGCAGACAGGCGCCGCUGUUCAGCACCCCUCCGGCUCCGAAUAACGGGAGCUCCGGGAGCAGCAGUGCCGGCGGCGGAGGAGGAGGCGGAGGUGGAGGUGGCUACCACAGCAACAGCUCCACACCGCACUACUACCAGAACCAGAACAGCAACGAGGGCUACACCUCGCCGUACGAGAAGAGGAGCCACGGAGGCGGCGGAGCCUCGGUGGGAGUGCGCAAGCCAUAUCACCCGGGCGGCGGCUACAACCCCAGGCACUCUGUGCCCCUGGGAGGGGGCAUCCCCUCGGGCGCCAAGACCCCGCUGCUCAAUUCCAACAACGAGCCCACGCCACGUGCCUCGCCGAGCAGCGUGAGCCUGGGCGGCGGCUCCUCGUCCGGCGGCAUUUCCAGCUACCAGCACCGGGGUCCGCCGCCUCACUCGAUGGGCGUGAAGCGGGACAACAAGCCCAACCAGCUGCCGCUGAUCAGCGGACCGCCGCCGAGCUACGCGGCCAACUCCAGUCCCGGCGGCAUCGCCAGCUACGAGAGCAAGCCGCCAAUGCGUCUGAACGCCGGAGCCGCCAGCUUCCGGAGCCAGAAGUCGAUGAACCAGGACUACCGGCGCAGCGUCUCCCAGCGGAACUCGCCGAGCGCCAACGGAGGAGGCAGCGGCAGCCACGAGAGCAGCAACAAUUCGCCCAACAGUAUUCUGGGCAGCCAGAGCAACAGUGCUGCCAACACGCCGAAUGCGGUGGCAGCAGCUCAGCAGCCGCAGCCACAGCCCACGCUGGUCAGCCAUUCGGGGGGAUUCGUGGUCCUCGACCAGGCCACCGGAGCCGCCAUGAACGCCUCGCCGCCCUCGCUCUACGCUGGCGGCGGCGGAGGAGGAGCAGGAGUCGGAGGUCCCGCUGCCGGCGGCGCUGCGGGAGGAGGUCCUCAGCCGGGCGGGGGAGGCGGAGGCGGCGCCCGCUCGCACAUUCCCACUGCCCAGCUGCACCACAGUGCCGCCGCUGCCGCCGCCGCAGCUGCUGGCAGCCAACAGGCAACGGCGGCGGUGCUGAGCGGCGUGGCCGCUGCGGCCGCCCUCGGCGGCUACAAUCCGAACGGGGCGUCCGGCGUGUACUUCAAGUACGGCCAGACCUACUUCGCCCAUCCCUCGGUGGCCUUGCCCAACAGCCGACGAUCGCCGUCGAACGAUAUCCGGCCGCAAAUGGCGCAGGUGGCCGGCAUGUAUCCCACAAUGAUGAUACAAGCGCGUCAUCCCAGUCGCCAUCCGAACCCGAACUACAAAGGUUCGCGUCCGCGGUAAAGCCAGCCGGAAAACCAAUAUAGGAAACACAAGCAAAACAAAAACUACAUACACAUAACGGCAUACCUAAGAUAAAUAUAAAUAGCAACCUAAUCUAGUGGAACAUAACGUAGUUGACAACCAUAAAUCCAGAUGAAGUGGACCGGAUGAACGGAUGGAAACGGAGGAGCAGCGCAGGAGGAGCAUAGAACUCGUCGAGUGCUGGCCGCAGAGUUGUCGGGCACUAUUGGUAGCAGCUGGAGAGGAAGGGGGCGUGGCCGGGAGUCGGUCGCCAGUCACCUGAAACUGAAACCGAUACCGAAACCUAAACCGAAACAAACUAUCCACACACCACAAACACCACACGAGAUCCGGGGAGCGAAACAGAGCGAAGCCAUCACUGUUAUCUUCCGCAGAAAGCGAAGGGAAAGGGGGAAAACCGACAAAGCAUAGCAUAUAGCCUCUAUAUAGUUAAGGAGUAUUGUACGGAUAUAGCUACAAUAACUGAACCGCUACAGAAAGAAUUGAAUGCUGUAUAUUUUGUGCCAUUACAAAUAGUCUUUAAUAAACAACAAAAAUCGAGAACCCGGAGAAGCAAUAAAUGAACACACAACGACGACCCGCGAAGAACGGACAUUCGAACUGAACACAGAACUUUUAACACGGAACACUCGACGGAUACGUAACUUCCACUCCCUUUCUCAAGCAUGUAUAGGAUAUUCAGGUAGACUUUAGUUCCGAAAGAGCUCUCGAAAGGAUGGCAAAUAGACUGAGAGAAGUUUCAGAGAGGACGGCAUCGACAAACUCAGAGACGUUCGCUAUUUGCACGCUAAAGCAAGCUUAUCUCCCGGAUUUCCCUUUUUAACCGAUAAUUUCCAAAGCUGCUACCAAAAAGUUUUUCAAAAUUUUCAAUAUCACCUUGCUUUGGUGUGCUUAAUUGAAUGCGUUUUAAUUAUGUUAGAAAUCUCGACCGAAAGCUAGAACAUGAACUCCACCAACCAACCAACCAAUCGACCGACCGGACAACAUGGCCUUCUGGAUCCGAAGGUUCCAACAAUCUGCUGCCAGAAAUGGGGCGAGUCCUAUAUCUAAUUUUGUCCAGCAAAAUUUCGUGUAAAGCUCUUCGACACAAGUCUCGAAACAGCCACUAAAUCUGUUUAUUUAAGGCCUAUAACACCUACAAGUAAAAUACAUCUAUAAUUUAGAGAGUCAAUUAUUAUUAUUUCGUAACUUUAAUUAAUGAAAUUUGUUAAAUUUGAUUUUUGAUUUGAAUUAUUCCUUAUUACGUUUAUGUUCUUUCGAAAUAGAAUUUCCUUAUUAUUUUCUGUUCCUUAUGCAAGAAGCUGCAGUUACAUUUCGUUGUUGUGAAAAGAGACAAUGGAACACGAUGGAUGAGUAGACGGCGGAGUCGAGCAGCUAUACAUUUAUUGUUAAACAAAUAAUUAGCUUAGCGUAUAAACUACAUAUGUAUAUGUACCAUCUAAUAAUAUAUAGGCAAGUGAAAAGAAAGAAAACAAGCAAAUGCGAAAAUCGAAAAGUAUAAUAAAAGAGAAACCACAUGAUUAGUUGAAGUUAAA